CGCUUCUGGAGGAUUUUUCUUCGGCUCUCGGCGAAACACAGGAGGAAUACACGUGUGUUUCCGCACAUGUGAAGAUUUUAUUAGUGUUUCAAUAGUUUUGUAUUGUAUUGAUCGACACAACGCUGAUGAUGUCUGCGUCCAUAAACAAGGAAACAGACGGCGGAGAUGGUGUUGCGAAGGCAGAAGCUCUCGAUAACGAAGAGGAUUCUCCCAUUGUGAGCCGCACACGGAGUGGUCGCAGACUGCGGACGCCCGCGGCCAAAGCUCCCGUCCGCCGGACCAGAAAGUCUGUUGUCCGAGAAGAUCCGGCAGAGAGCACCGAGUCUCGGCAGGAAGCGCCAACCGAUGAAUGUACAGCAGAUACUAAAGGCGAUCAGUGCAGCUCGGUGACCGAACCAGUGUGUCCUGAUGUGUCUACAUCAACACCAGCACCAGCAGAUGUCAGUCAAGAGCCAGUGCCGGACACUGCAGAUUUGAUGGGGUCAGAUCAGGCCAGUGAGAAGGAAAAUGUGGUAAAUAACACAGAGACAGAAUCCACUGGUCCCACUGACCCCGAGAAAAGGGCCAAAAAAAGGACAAAAAGUAAGAUGGUACCUCUUGGGAAACCUAAGUCUGGAAGAGUAUGGAAAGACAGAAAUAAGCAAAGGUUCUCCGCUCUGUUGAGAGACAAACCUCUGCGUACUUCAUGGGAAAAGAAGAUGGAGGCCAAGAGAGAGAAGCAGCUGGUGAAGAAGUACCACCAACAGCUGAAAGAUGAGCAGACCAGAGUGAAAGAGGAGAAAAAGAGGAGGAGAGCAGAAAACCUGAGAAGACGAGCAGAAAAUGAGAGGAAAGCGGAGAUUGUGCAAGUGAUUAAGAAUACAGCAAAGAUCAAGAGAAUGAAGAAGAAACAGCUGAGGAAGAUUGAGAAAAGAGACACGCUCUCAGCGGUGCAGAAAACACCAGCCAGUGUCAAGAAGGGUGCAGGGAAAACAAACAGCAGCUUGUAGAGAUGUGAGAGAAUCUCGUCAGACAUUAACACACUGUUGUUGAUAUAAAUGUGUAGUGCCUGUUGAAUGAACUGGCAUGUGAACCUCAAAGGAAAAUACUAGGGACGUGUAAUCAUUUUGGAUCUGUGACUCUAAGUUGACUGCUUGGGUUGUGAAUCUGCUUUAGGUCUCUGGAUUUGAUGUAAUAUUUGUACAGCAAAUUAAAAAGCAAAUAUGUUUUGAAUUCAUGGAUAAAACCUGUCACCUAUUACAUUUUUUGUAUGUGAUUGUCACAUUAAAUAAAUAUGUUUAUAGAUAAAUCAGUCAAUUUCUUCCUGGUUCAUGCAUGUUAAAUUGUUUUCUUUUUGUUAUUGUAUGAUAUAAAGAGGUUUCAUUUUCAAUAUUGCUUUGGGACUUUCCGCUCAUGGUUUGAUGUUUUACAUCUAGUUGUGAUGCUUGCACUUUCAGUGUCUUGGGUACUUUUCACAUGGUGAGGUAGAGUGAUUGGUACUUUUCAGUCCCAAACAAUACUAUAUAUACUAUAACUACAGUCCUAAAAGGCAAAAAUAUAAUGUUCAGAUUCAGAAGUGGGGAUUUAAAGUUGUACUCUUAAAAUAAAAUGAAAUAAAUAAUAAACAAGCAA